AUGGAAUUUCCUGAAUUAGGCCAGCAAUGCUCAUUGCAAGAUUGCAAACAACUAGAUUUUCUCCCAUUUACCUGCGCCAACUGUCAACAAAUUUUUUGUAAAAAUCAUUACAUCACCUCCGCUCACGACUGUAAAUGUCUCAAUGAAUUCUUCAGAAAACCAGAACCAACUCAACCAUCGGAAUUUUUCACCUGCAAUAAAGAAGAUUGUAAAGACAGGAGUCCGAUCGCUUUACCGUGUCCAUUCUGUAAACAACAUUUCUGCGUUUCUCAUCGCCAUCACGGAUGCAAAGACGAUCUCAUGAACAGCGAAAGAAAAAAACUAGAAGUAGAAAAAUGGAAGAAACCAAAAGAACAAUACAGAGCAGCUCAAGAAAACUGUGACCGAAAAGUAGAAAAAGCAUUACGAAAAGCCGAAACCACUCAGCUGCAACCGAUGGCGCAGAAAAUCCGUUUAAUGAAAAUUAAAGGCAAAGCUCUCGGUGAUGGGAAAAUACCCGCAGAUAAUCGUAUAUAUUUUUCGGUACAUCCACCAGCCACUGGUGAAAACUCUGAUCUCAAACCUGCUCCUUUGUAUACGUCGAAAGAUUGGUCUGUUGGUCGAACCAUCGAUUUAUUCUCGAAGAAGAUGAAAGUACCUAAUAAAAAUAACGAACCGAAUGAACCGAAGUUGAGAUUGUUUAAACUUUCGGACGGUGCUUUAAUCUCCAGCACUACGGAUAUCAUCAUGGCUAACUUGAUCGACAAAAGUAUUUUGAACGGAGAUUCGCUUAUUUUGAAUUACGUCAGUGAAGAGGUUUUGAAAAGUGGCAGUUCGGAUAUUCCUGACGAUCUUCUUCAGAAAUAUAAAUCAGCUGCUGUUUAGUUUUCACGUUGGUUUCAAAUUUUGUAUGUAUUUUUUUUUCAUGUGGAAUUCCAUUUUGCUGUGUAAAUGUUGAGUAAAAAUUCGAAUUCAUUAAUAAAUUUUGUUUCCUUCGUA